AUGUCUCGGCCAAGGGAACAGUCCAGAGGCCGUAGCCUACGCGUCCAGUCUCGUCCUCGAGGAUCGCACAGCCCAUUUCCUCAGGAUUUGGCGACGGAAGCCGAUAUAUUCAUUCAUCCUGACGAAUCUAUCGCUGCAGAACUUUCUUUGGGAGGGGAUUUGCGCGACGAGGAGGAGAUUGACUUGCAGGAGGAGGAUAUUCUCAGAGCGCAAGAAGACGACGCGACCGAGAGGAUCGCGGAAAGACGUUGGUGGAGAAAGCCAUCGCCAUGGUGGUUCAUAUGCAUAAUUCCGUUUGCUACCAUUGCAAGAGCUGCGACACAGGCACCUCGUGUAGAAAUCUUCAUCCAGCUCGUAUGCGACGCAUAUAAGCCCAUUCGUGCUGUCGAUCACGGUACAUUUUCUUCUCCUGCCUCAGAUAGAUGGAAACUUUGCUCCUCCGACCCUAUUAUUCAAGCCGAGGUUGCCAAGCUAUCACUCGCAAUGGCAAUCUCUACGGGCGUACUUGGGUGCCUGACGACGGCGUGGUGGGGUUCGCUUUCAGAUCGCCAUGGCCGAAUCAAGGUGCUCGGCUGGGCAAUCUCCGGCCUUUUCAUCGAGCAAGUAAUCAUGGUCUUCGUCUUCAAGUUCUCUAAGUUCUUACCAGGAGGCUACUGGCUUCUGGUUGUCGCCUCGACAAUAUCGGGUGUCACUGGAGGGUUGAACGCCGUAUCAGCAACUAUCCAUGCAUACAUCUCUGACUGCACAGAGCCAACGGCACGAUCUCGUUUCUUCAGCCUUUUCCUAGGCCUCGUCUUUGUCGGAUUUGCAGUCGGGCCCACCCUCGGCAGUAUGCUUAUUGGCGCGACUACCGAUCCUAUAUCUGUCUUCUAUGCUGCCUCAUUCUUGUACCUCAUAUACGUGCUCGUUGUGUGUGGUGUAGUCCCAGAAUCACUUACAGCAUCCUCGAUGGCCGAGUCGCGUAAAAUAUACAAGGAGUCGCAGGGAUUUAUCAGCUCCACGCAGGUCAAAUUUUCGCCCUUCGCGUGGUUCGAUUGGCUGUUUGGCUUUUUGCGGCCGCUCGCUCUCUUGCUUCCCGGGGGUGCUCGAGAGCCUGAUUCUGGGAGCCGAAGGAGGGAUUGGGGUCUUCCAUUGUUAGCAGCGGCUUAUGGAUUUGGAAUUGCCUUGAGGGGAGAUAUUACUUACGAAUACCAGUACAUGUCACUGGCUUUUGGAUGGGGCUCACAACAGCUUGGCUAUUUCACAAGUAUACUGAGCGCGACUCGCGCAAUUCACUUGACUCUUUUUCUACCUCUGAUAGCCAAGCUGUUCCAGCCAAAAUCGGGUGCCCAGCUUCCUCACGGAGAUAACGACCCACGUCGCUCGGAUUCUGACACCAGUUCCUCUCGCACGCCAUCGCAGGUGAAGUUUUCUCCAACAUCCGCGACACCACACGUCCCUACAUUUGAUUUAACGCUCGCAAGGGUAUCUAUAUUUAUUGAAAUCAUCGGCUUUGUCCUGAUGGCGUCCGCACCCAACGGCUACCUCUUCACUGCGUAUUCGGUCAUAAGCUCUCUGGGCAUUGGAUUCUCUCCUGCGAUCAAUAGCGUUGCGUCGGCCUUAUACACGCAGAAUGGUGGCAAGGAGCUUGGCAAGUUAUUCGGUGCCCUAGGAGUUGUGCAAACGAUCAGUUCACAGGUACUGGGGCCAUUCUUGUACGGCGUGACUUAUAUGAAGACCGUCGCGACGGUGCCGACAGCCAUUUUCAUCGUCUCUGUAGUCGCAUUAACCAUAGCCUUCCUAUUACUCGUGCCCAUUCGGUUACAGGAGCCUCGAAUUUCGCACGUAGACGAUACGGAAAACCUGGGAUCAAGGCAUCGUGGAUUAGAAGAUAUGUCCGCUCUGGAACAUACCCCUUUGCUUGGAGAGCAAGGCACAAAUAGGCGUGGGAGAAGAUGA